UUGAUUCUCGCGAGUCGCUCAGCGUUCAUCUCGACACUGCGUCAGUGCAACUGUGCUGGUGGCCAGAGUGAGAGUGAAAUCUCCUGGAAAAGAUGAGUCUUUCGCGCUUCCGUCUUAUCACCUUCGAUGUCACGGACACGUUGCUGCAGUUCCGCACGAGUCCGGGCAAGCAAUUCGGCGAGGUGGGCGAAAUGCUGGGCCUCCUGGGCAGCGGCGCGGACAAGAAGCAGCUCACGGCCAAGUACAAAGCCAAUUGGCACAGAAUGAACCAGGCUCACCCGAAUUUCGGCCUGAGGACAAACAUAGGCUGGGAGAAUUGGUGGCGACAGUUGAUAAUCGGCUCUUUCCGCGAGACUGGCGCUCAGGAGUCGGACGAGAAGCUUCUGCGGAUCGCUGACCACGUCGUGGACAUGUUCAAGACCAGCACAGCCUGGCAGCACUGCUUCGGCUCGGUGGAGUUCCUAAAUUACCUAAAGCUCAAGCAGCAAAUCGGCACGAAAGGGCCGCGCAUCAAGAACGAGGGACAACCGUUCAAGAUGGGCAUCAUCUCCAACUUCGACCUGCGCCUCGAGACGCUGUUGCGCAACAUGAAGCUCUUCCAGUACUUCGACUUCGUGAUCGGUAGCUACGAGGCGGGCUGCGCCAAGCCCGAGCCGGAGAUCUUCAUCAAGGCGAUGGAGGCGGCCAAGUUCGACAAUCUGCAACCGGACGAGUGUCUGCACAUCGGCAACACGGCGCGCAAUGACUAUCUGGGCGCGAAGGGCGUCGGCUGGCGCGGCGCCCUGAUCCAUGAGCGCGAUCCGAAGGAACUGAAGUCGAAGUAUGGCGAGGAGAUCGACGAGAGGCACGUGUUCCCGAGUCUGUACGAGUUGCACAAGAGGAUCACGAGUGGCGAGUGUGAAUUGUAGAAGGAUUCGCGCGCGCGGCAGAAUUGAUACUCAUCUCACAAGACAUCAGCAACACUCAGGCUGUUGGCAUCGCGGAACAGCGCCCCGAAGGCGCUGUUGAGGCGCCACGCGGCACCCUGAGCCUGUCCGCUCCAGUUCCAGAAGAUCAUUCCUCUGCACACGUCCUUCAGGC